CUUUCCCGGCAAGCUGUGCGAGAAGCCAAAGAUGGCGGCGGCAGCGGCUGCAUCUGUUCCCUGGCUGAGGGUCAGCAGCAGGCUUUGCUUGCCGUUGACAGGUCGGCGAGCAGGUUCAUGUGAAUCGGCCCCGAGUUGCAGGUUUUAUUCUGGAAGUGCAGCUGUUCAGAAAAUAGAACAAACUGAUGUACCAGGGAUUGGAGAAGUAGUUCUUCCAAAAAAGAAGACAUGGGAUAAAGUGGCCGUUCUUCAGGCACUUGCAACCACAGUGAGCAGGGACACUACGGCUGCCCCUUAUGCAUUUCAGGAUGAUCCUUACCUCAUACCGACAUCCUCUAUGGAAUCUCGUAUGUUUUUAUUGGCAAAGAAGUCUGGGGAGAAUGCAGCAAAGUUUAUUAUUAAUUCAUAUCCCAAGUAUUUUCAGAAGGACAUUGCCGAACCUCAUAUACCGUGUCUAAUGCCUGAGUACCUUGAACCUCAGAUUGAAGACAUAAGUGAGGCUGGCCUAAAGGAACGAAUCAGGCUCAGAAAAGUCAAAGCCUCAGUGAACAUGUUUGAUCAGCUCUUGCAAGCAGGAACCACUGUGUCUCUUGAGACAACCAAUAGUCUCUUGGACUUACUGUGUUACUAUGGUGACCAGGAGCCCUCAGCUGAUUCUCCUUUUCAACAAACUGAGCAAUCAGAAGACUUGGAAGAGGCCACAGAGGAAAAUAGCGAGAAACCGAAGGAGACCGGGCAUCAGUCUGGAGUGACGUGGAGAGCAAAAAACAAUGCUGAGAGAAUAUUCGCUCUAAUGCCAGAGAAAAAUGCACAUUCCUACUGCACAAUGAUCCGAGGGAUGGUGAAGCACCGAGCUAAUGCACAGGCAUUAAACUUAUACACCGAGUUACUAAACAACAGGCUCCGGGCUGAUGUAUUUACCUUCAACGCACUGAUUGUAGCAACAGCAUUGAUACCAAAUGAGAAAUUUGAGGAAAAAUGGAAUAAUAUAUUGGAGCUGCUUAAACAAAUGGUUGCACAGAAUGUGAAACCAAAUCUACAGACUUUUAAUACCAUUCUGAAAUAUCUUCGAAGGUUUAACAUUUAUGGAAGAUCGCCAGCCUUAGAGAUAUUACGUGAAAUGAAAGCCAUUGGAAUAGAACCCUCGCUUGCAACCUAUCACUAUAUUAUUCAGCUGUUUCAUCAACAUGACAACUCUUCCAAAGUUUCAUCUUUCAUCAUCUAUGGUAUCAUGAAUGAGUUAGUAGGAAAGAAAUUUUCUCCGAGGGACGUAGAUGAUGAUAUGUUUUUUCAGACAGCCAUGAAAGUUUGCUCAUCUCUCAGAGAUCUAGAACUCGCUUACCAAGUACACGACCUUUUAAACACCGGCGACAACCGGAAAUUCAUUGGACAUGAUUUUCGACGAAAUUUCUACUAUUCCAAGUUCUUCAGUUUGCUUUGUCUAAUGGAACAGAUUGAUGUCACCUUGAAGUGGUACAAGGACCUGAUACCUUCAGUCUUCUUUCCUCGGUCCCAAACAUUGAUCGACCUUCUCCGAGCAUUGGAUGUGGCCAACCGGCUGGAAAUGAUUCCUCAGAUUUGGCAAGACAGUAAAGAAUAUGGUCACACUUUUCGCAAUGACGUGAGAGAAGAGAUCCUGAUGCUCAUGGCAAGAGAGAAGCACCCACCAGAGCUUCAGGUGGCGUUUGCUGACUGUGCUGCAGAUAUCAAAUCUACCUACGAAAGCCAAGAUGCCAGACAUACUGCUCCAGAGUGGCCAGCCAUCCCUCUCAACUGCAUGGCAGUCCUCUUGUUAAGGGCUGGGAGAACCCAGGAGGCCUGGAAAAUGUUGGGGCUUUUCAGGAAGCAUAAUAAGAUUCCUAGAGAUGAGCUCCUGAAUGAAUUUAUGGACAGUGCCAAAGCAUCCAGCAGCUCUGCUCAGGCCAUCGAGGUAGUGAAGCUGGCCAGUGCUUUCAGCUUGCCCGUGUGUGAGGGCCUCACCCAGAGACUGAUGGCUGAGUUUGUGAUCAACCAGGAACAAAAGGAAGCUCUGGGCAAAUUAACUGCAUUGACCAAUGACCACCAUGACAGUAGCAGUGAGGAUGAAAGUGACAGCAGUAGUGACAGCGACAGUGAUGAAAGCAGAUGAAAGUGGGAGAUUCAGGGGCAUGGAUGGGCUUGCCUCAGCUCCUGGAAUCGGACUUCAGAACUGAGAUGUUAACACUUCUAAGAGAAUUUUGCUAUAGGGUGCAUGCACUUGUUAGAGACAGAGAAAGAUGAGACAAAAAGCCAGAAAUCACCCUCCUGGGGAGGAUGGCCACGCCACAGUCCCUUCUCCAGUCUCUUCUUGGGAUCUUGAGCACACACACCCAGAGCAAAUUUUAAGCCACCAGGUCUGGGACUUGAAUUGCGUGCGAGUCCAGCAUGGUAACCACUAUGCCAUCUGCUGGUUCCUAGUUUAUCUAGUCCUUUCCUACUCCACUAAACCAACUAUUAACAUUUCCAUUUUUUCAGUCUGACAGCACAGGGUCUGUAGUUCUUGGCCUCAGGUGAAGCCCAGACACCUGCUUGUCAGUGGCUGACAGCCCAGAGCCAUCGCCGGGCUGCCUUCCUCUCCCUGUGGCUAACUGAGCUUUUGUUGGCCUAAUGUGUUGCCGUGACCCUUCUUCCUUGAGCUCAGAGAUGGUGGCUAAAGGUUUUCAUAAAAUUACAUCACAGUUGCUGUUGGGUCAAUAGUAUCCAAGUUUCAGGGAUAGUUAGGAUUGAAAAUGUGUGCAUAUAAAAGAUUAAAUAGGGUAAUGGCAAUAUGGGCUGAACAACUGGUAAAUGAGCGCUGUAAAUAUAUAAAUGAAUGUACAUAAAUACAUUUGGUUAUUGUAAUAUGUUCAGCCAGCCUUCACUGAUCUUUGAGCUGAAGUACUCACUUUGUAGUGGACUUUCAAGAGAUUGAUAUGUAGUCUGGCUCUGAUUAUGUGCUGCAGAUAGCCCAGACCCCCACUCUGGGCAUAAAUACCUUGAACUACUGAGCAAAAAGGUUUAUAGGAUGAGUCACCAGUCUCUAAUUUGUAAAUGUUUAUUUCACCAUAGUCUUAACCUCUAUUAUCAAUAAAAGAUGUUUUUACAUGCCAA